AUGGUUGCCGGACAACAAGACAAGGCCGCCGUGGCCUCCGAUUUCCUCCACACUCCUUUCAUGCGCGCCGCACUCCCCUUCCUCAAUGGCGGUAUCAGCGGUAUGGUUGCCACAACCUGCAUUCAACCCGUCGACAUGGUGAAGGUCCGCAUCCAACUUGCCGGUGAGGGUGUCGCCGGAGGCCCGAAACCCACCCCGCUAUCCGUCACCCGAGACAUCAUUGCGAGCGGCAGGGCUCUUGACCUAUAUACCGGAUUGUCCGCAGGUCUUCUGCGCCAAGCGGUAUAUACGACGGCGCGUCUUGGUUUCUUCGAUACCUUCAUGGGCACAAUGGCCACCCGGGCCAAGAACCAAGGUCGAGAGGUUGGAUUCGCCGAAAGGGCCGGGGCCGGUCUCGCCGCUGGUGGUCUUGCUGCCAUGAUCGGAAACCCUGCCGAUCUUGCCCUCAUUCGCAUGCAGAGUGACGGCCUCAAGCCCGUGGCUGAGCGCCAGAACUAUAAGUCCGUCGUCGAUGCUCUUCGCUCCAUUUCCAAGUCAGAGGGUAUUCCUGCCCUCUGGGCCGGAGCCGCCCCGACCGUCGUGCGAGCCAUGGCGCUCAACUUUGGACAACUGGCCUUCUUCAGCGAGGCCAAGGCCCAACUUCAGCAGCGCACCACUCUAUCGUCGAAGAACAGGACCUUGUGCGCCAGCGCCAUCGCCGGAUUUUUCGCCAGUUUCUUCAGUCUUCCGUUUGAUUUCGUGAAGACCCGCCUCCAGAAGCAGCAGCGUGGGCCUAACGGCCAGCUCCCAUACCGCGGUAUGGUGGAUUGCUUCACUAAGGUGGCUGCCCAAGAAGGACCCUUGAGGUUCUAUCGUGGAUUCGGUACUUACUACAUUCGUAUUGCGCCGCAUGCUAUGAUUACUCUAAUCGUUGUCGAUUACCUCGGCUUCUUGACGAAAUGA